GUUAUUUUGGAUAUGAGAACAAAUACACUUUCCUGGAAUCCCAUGGAAGCUUUCAUUUUCACUGCAGCAAAUGAGGAUUACAACUUAUAUACUUUUGAUAUGCGGUUCCUUGGCAAGGCUUUAAUGGUUCAUAUGGACCAUGUCUCUGCAGUCCUGGAUGUGGAUUACUCCCCUACAGGAAAAGAAUUUGUGUCUGCCAGCUUUGAUAAAUCCAUUCGCAUUUUUCCUGCAGAUAAAGGUCAUAGCAGAGAGGUCUAUCAUACAAAGAGAAUGCAACAUGUCAUCACUGUCAAAUGGACAUCAGAUAACAAAUACAUUUUGUGUGGCUCUGAUGAAAUGAACAUUCGUUUGUGGAAAGCAAAUGCUUCUGAAAAGCUGGGUGUGCUUGUUCCUCGAGAGAAAGCUGCUAUUAACUAUAAUCAAAAACUGAAAGAAAAAUUCCAGCAUCAUCCCCAAAUCAGACGUAUAAGUCGUCAUCGUCACUUACCAAAGAUCAUCUAUAGUCAAGCCAAAGAGCAACGCAUUAUGAAAGAAGCUCGUCGGCGAAAGGAACUGAACCGUCGUAAACAUAGCAAGCCUGGAUCUAUACCACUUGUGUCAGAAAAGCAGAAACACAUUAUGGCUGUAGUGAAGUAAUCAUACAUAAAAUUACUAGUGGUAAUAAAUUCUUAUGGGCACGAUUUAUAUGUGAUUUAUAUGUCUUUGUUACAGGACUCUGCUUUUUGAUAUUAUGAUAAUAAUAAACUGAGAUGUACAGUUGCUGUAGGUGAGGCUAAUUGUGGUAUCUCCACAGUAUUCAUUUUGCUGCAUCAUUGGUAGAGAGCGAGAGUGAAAGCAGGAAUAUCUUGAAAAGGACAUAUAAAUGUUGCAUACAAGAGGAGGAGGAGGAAUUAACUCAGUAUGUUGCAAUAGGUUUUCCAAAAUGUCUUAAAAGCAUGUGAACAAAAGUAUUCUUAAACUGGCAAAUUCACCUCCCAAAUAUUUGGGCACCAUUUAAUAAAAAAAAAUUGCAUCAAACCCUUUUUCUGUUGUAACCUAUGUGUCCUGAUUCAGCCUACCAAAUAAUUUUAUAUUUUCAUUUGUGUCUCUGUUAAUAAAGGCUUCUGUUGAACAGAAAUGUAGAGCUGCCUAAAUGUAAAAUGUGGAAUAAUAACAAUAUAAACAUUUUGAAUGUGAUUAUUACCAAUUGUUUUAAUUAAUUGUUGAUCCUUAUUGUAUUUUUUUGUAGCACAAUACAGUUGAAAUUAAUAACACAUCCUCUAAAGUUUAAGAAGUUAAGCGGGCUCUUAAUUUUUUGGCUGCGUAAUUUUCAGUGGUAACUUCUUGAAAUAUGUUAUGUAUGGCUCAACCACAGAUGAUGAUGAUGAUGAUGAUGAUCCUGCCUUUUUAUAUAUAACUGGCCUAGAGUCACCCAGCUGACGAGUAUAGUCAUUAAAAUACUGUAAUCAGAGAUUGGCAUGCCAUUCCUUUCUGUGAAUUAUUCCAUAUUCCAUCUUCAGUUAUGAACCUCAUUCAAACCUGAGAUUUUCUACAAAACUUUUUAUACCCAGAGCUGGCCAUCUUAAAUCAAACAAUUAUUCCUUGGGCUAGCAUAUAAUUAAACUUUUUAAUAAUUUGACUCACAUAACAGAUGAGAUCAGCUACUAUUUUCUUGCUUAUCACUUGGAAAACAGCAGCUUCUUUGAACUUCAAUUUGUUAUCUAAGCAUUACCAAAUUAUUUAAUCAUAUAUUA